AUGCCGGAAUCGAGAGGAAUCCGAGGACCGAGCUUCCCCCAUCCGUCGCACCAGCUUCCCCCGCCCAUCGCCCUCGCUUCCCCCGCCCAUCGCCCUCGCUUUCCCCUCCCGUCGCCCUCGCUUUCCACUCCCGUCGCCCUCGCUUCCCCCUCCCGUCGCCCUCGCUUCCCCCUCCCGUCGACCUCCCAUCCCCCUCCCGUCCCCCUCCCGUCCCCCUCCCGUCCCCCGCCAAUCGCCCUCCCGUCCCCCUCCCAUCGCCCUCCCGUCGCCCUCCCAUCCCCCUCCCAUCCCCCUCCCAUCCCCCUCCCAUCCCCCUCCCAUCCCCCUCUCAUCCCCCUCUCAUCCUCCUCCCAUCCCCCUCCCAUCCGCCUCCCAUCCCCCUCCCAUCCCCCUCCCAUCCCCCUCCCAUCUCCCUCCCAUCCCCCUUCCAUCCCCCUCCCAUCGCCCUCCCAUCCCCCUCCCGCCGCCCUCCCAUCCCCCUCCCCUCCCCCUCCCAACCCCCUCCCACCCCCCUCUCAUCCCCCUCCCAUCCCCCUCCCAUCCCCCUCCCAUCCCCCUCCCAUCCCCCUCCCAUCCCCCUCCCAUCCCCCUCCCAUCCCCCUCCCAUCCUCCUCCCAUCCCCCUCCCAUCCUCCUCCCAUCCCCCUUCCAUCCCCCUCCCAUCGCCCUCCCAUCCCCCUCCCGCCGCCCUCCCAUCCCCCUCCCAUCCCCCUCCCAACCCCUCCCACCCCCCUCUCAUCCCCCUCCCAUCCCCCUCCCAUCCCCCUCCCAUCCCCCUCCCAUCCCCCUCCCAUCCCCCUCCCAUCCCCCUCCCAUCCCCCUCCCAUCCCCCUCCCAUCCCCCUCCCACCCCCCGUCCAUCCUCCUCCCAUCCCCCUCCCAUCCCCCUCCCAUCCCCCUCCCAUCCCCCCUCCCAUCUCCCUCCCAUCCCCCUCCCAUCCCCCUCCCAUCCCCCUCCCGCCCCCCUCCCAUCCCCCUCCCACCCCCCUCUCAUCCCCCUCCCACCCCCCUCUCAUCCCCAUCCCAUCCCCCCUCCCAUCCCCCUCCCAUCCCCCUUCCAUCUCCCUCCCAUCGGCCUCCCAUCCCCCUCCCAUCCCCCUCCCAUCGCUCUCCCAUCCCCCUCCCAUUCAGUCCCAGGCCCCCAACACCACAGGCCAAGGUUGCAUGCAGUGUAG